GAUGCCGGCCAGAGUACGAGAAAUGGACGAGUCUUGAAUGGUCUAAAAGAGCUGAAUCAAAAUACAAACUAUUUUUUGAAACUCACCCUUUGAACUGCCAGCCAUGGCUACUGUUGCCGGAGGAGGAGGAGGAGCUGGACUUGUUGGAGGAGGAGGAGUAAGACCCAGGCCACCACCAUCUCAUUCUCUCUUUCUUGGAAAAAAGCUCAAAUUGAUCAGACCCAAUUCAAAUUCCAUCAUCUGGAAGCCAAAAUUCCCCGCCACGACGGUUAAAGCUGCCGGAGUCGAAUUCCUCGGUGGUUUCGUCCACGACCUAUUUGUUGGCGUUGGCGUGGGGCUUCCUUGUACAGUAAUGGAGUGUGGAGAUAUAAUUUAUAGAAGCACACUUCCCAGAUCGAACGCAAUCACACUAACUGUACCUGGUGGUAUUUUAGCUCUUGGAGCGAUUUCUUACCUAUGGGCUACUCCGGGUGUUGCUCCGGGUUUCUGGGAUAUGUUCGUUCUCGCUUUUAUUGAGAGGCUUUUCCGACCCACUUUUAAAAAGGAUGAUUUUGUGUUGGGGAAGAAGUUGGGUGAGGGAUCAUUCGGUGUGGUUUACAGAGUUUCACUGGCUAAGAAGCCAAAUUCCAAGGAAGGUGAUUUAGUGUUGAAGAAGGCUACUGAAUAUGGUGCAGUAGAGAUAUGGAUGAACGAGCGUGCAAGAAGAGCUUGUUCAAGUAGCUGUGCCGAUUUCCUGUAUGGCUUCCUUGAGAAUUCUUCAAAGAAAGGAGCUGAAUAUUGGCUCAUAUGGAAGUACGAAGGUGAAUCCACGCUAGCAGAUCUGUUGCAGAGUAGAGAUUUUCCAUACAAUGUGGAAGCCAUGAUUCUUGGAGAAGUGCAGUCUUUGCCCAAGGGAAUAGAAAGGGAGAACAGAAUUAUCCAGACAAUCAUCAGACAACUCUUAUUUGCACUUGAUGGGCUGCACUCUACUGGAAUUGUUCAUAGAGAUAUUAAGCCCCAGAAUAUCAUUUUCUCUGAAGGGUCUCGCACAUUCAAGAUAAUUGAUCUAGGAGCUGCAACCGAUCUGAGAGUUGGAAUCAAUUAUAUACCAAAGGAGUUUCUUCUAGAUCCAAGAUAUGCUGCUCCAGAGCAAUACAUUAUGAGCACACAGACUCCUUCUGCACCCUCUGCACCUGUAGCAACAGUGCUAUCCCCAGUUCUAUGGCAGCUCAAUCUGCCAGACAGGUUCGAUAUCUACAGUACUGGGCUCAUUUUCCUGCAGAUGGCAUUCCCAUGUUUUCGCAGCGACAGUAGCCUAAUACAAUUCAACCGUCAAUUGAAGAGAUGCGACUAUGAUUUGGUUAGCUGGAGGAAGACAGUAGAACCCAGAGCGAGCCCGGAUCUUCGCAGGGGGUUUGAGUUACUGGAUUUAGAUGGUGGGAUAGGAUGGGAGCUUCUGACUUCAAUGGUUAGAUACAAAGCUAGGCAGAGAUUGAGUGCAAAAGCAGCCUUAGCCCAUCCAUACUUUGAUAGGGAAGGUCAGCUAGCGCUGUCCAUCAUGCAGAAUCUAAGGCUUCAAUUCUUUAGAGCCACACAGCAGGAUUAUGGUGAAGCUGCAAAGUGGAUCAUUCAGUUAAUGGCUAAAUCUGGUACAGAACGAGAUGGAGGGUUCACUGAAGCACAACUUCAGGAGUUAAGGGAGAUGGUGCCGAGUAAGAAGUCAACAGCAGAAAGGAACGUUCUUGCAUCUGCUUUGAAAGUGCAGAGGAAAAUCAUUAGAACAUUGAAUGAGAGUGUGGGUGAACUUAACCAACGGAGGAAGAGUCUAUGGUGGAGCAGAUGGAUCCCUAGAGAGGAAUGAAAUCUGUAUAUAUAUAUAUAUAUAUUUUAAAUUUUUGGGUGUAAAUUCUUGUGCAGGUAUCUAUCUAUAAAACCAAGUCAUUCAUUAAAAUGGAAUGAUUGAGAAAUUAAAGACAAAUGGGGAAGAUAUAAGCUUUCUGGCUAUAUAUAAGAAUUAUACAUUGAAUGAAUAUGCUUU